AACGAUCUUAAAAAAAAAAAUCAACAGCACCAAGCACCAAGCACCAAGCACGGCAAGCACGACCUAGGCACCAAGUACCAAGCACCAGCAAGAGGCUAGAAGCUAAACUACUCUAACCGUAGUCCCAGUUCGCCUCCCCACACUCUUGCCCUACUUUGAUUAUUAACUUUACUUGUCACGGGAAACUACAAAUUCCCAGCAUCCCGCUUCUAAUUAAUUUCUCCCUUUCCCACUUCUUCAUUGCGAAUCGCACCCGACUCGGUCAUAACGCUGUUUUGCAAUCCGUCAUCAGUGUCGCCAACACCUGGGCGUAGCCCACCCCCCAAAGGCGACUCGAGCCGCCAACUACUUUCUCGAUUCGCCGGAACUAAGCCUUCUCCUUCCAUCUCCCCGCCGCUGCCCCAUCGCCAAGUGACCUUUUACCUAUUCGAGACUUGGGGACUUGAAUCGCCUGAAAUCGACUUAAAUCGACUUAAAUCGAUUGGAAAACCCUCCGCUAAAAAUACAAUCGCCUGCACAGAAGCACCCUCACCUUUUUAAUCUUUCAGAAAUGUCGAGCGCUUCGGAAAAGACGGUUUCACCCAGCGCCUCAAAGCAAUCAUCAAUAAAAUCAUUCGAGCUCGCCACAAAAUCUCCGAAGCUACGACCGCAGAAUGGUCAACCUAUUAACGAUGUCCUCCAUCCCGAAGGUCAGCCGAGGCAACCCGAGAAGGCUUCCAUCAAGGAUAGGUUAACCCGCAUGUUCUCCAAUAAAGACGACCUUCCCAGAUCCGGCCUUGUUGAUGCCUCACAACCCUCCAAGCGCGCUGUCCCAAGCCCCUCUCCCAGCCAAACUGGUGUCGCAUCACCAGCAAAGCCAGGCUCCAUAGCACGCAAACCAUCUUCCGCCGACCCAGCUGCCACCACAAAGUCCGUGCAGCAUCAACGCUUUGUCAUGAAUCCAGAUGUCGCUGGCGGCCAUGAACAUCACCUUAAGGGUAGCAAGCGACAAGAGAAAUUGUCCGACAUGUGGAAGACUCUCCUCGGAAGGAAACAAGAUCAACAGCCCGAAGCCGAUUUAUCUUUGGUCUCAAGCUGGGUCGAUACUCUGAAGCAAGAGAAGGAGUCGCUAGCCGGCGACAAGAGAGGAGGACCCAACCAGAGCUCCACUCUAGUUGAGAAGUAUGGUAAAUGCCAAGAGGUUGUAGGCCGUGGCGCUUUCGGUAUCGUGAGGAUAUCGCAUAAGAAGAUGGAGACCGGAGAGAAGCUUUUCGCCGUCAAGGAAUUCCGUCGCCGACCCGAGGAGACCGAGAAGAAGUAUAGCAAGCGCCUGACAGCUGAAUUUUGCAUUUCUUCUUCUCUACGUCAUCCGAAUAUCAUCCACACCCUAGACCUGCUGAAGGACCAAAAAGGCGACUACUGCGAGGUCAUGGAGUAUUGCUCCGGCGGCGACCUCUACACUCUUGUCCUAGCUGCCGGAAAACUAGAAGUCAUGGAGGCCGAUUGCUACUUCAAACAGAUGAUGCGCGGCGUCGAGUAUUUGCACGAGAUGGGUGUAGCGCACCGCGAUCUGAAGCCCGAGAAUUUACUCCUGACGAGUCAUGGCGCCUUGAAGAUCACCGACUUCGGCAACGGCGAAUGCUUCAGAAUGGCGUGGGAAAAUGAUGCCCACAUGGUUUCAGGUCUUUGCGGCUCGGCCCCUUAUAUCGCCCCCGAGGAAUACAUCGACAAGGAGUUUGAUGCCCGUGCUGUCGACGUCUGGGCUUGUGGUGUUAUCUAUAUGGCGAUGCGAACCGGAAGGCAUCUUUGGCGUGUCGCCAAGAAGGACGAAGACGAGUUUUACGAGCGGUACCUUGAAGGGCGCCGCGACGAAGAAGGUUAUGGCCCCAUCGAGUCGUUACACCGUGCUCGGUGUAGGAAUGUCAUCUACUCCAUCCUAGACCCCAAUCCUACGCGACGUAUCACAGCAUCGCAAGUCCUCAAGUCAGAAUGGGGCCGCGAAAUUAAACUCUGCAAGGCUGGCGAGGAAGGUGUCUAAGCGAUGCCGCUUUUUCCGAACGAGCACCUCCUCUUUGAGCAAGGGACGAGGACGUUUUAAUGGUCAGGUCUGAUCUAGGAAUGUUGUGUAUCUUCGUCCCUUUGGUGUCC